CCUCCCCGGCCCCUGCUCCUGGCCCCCGCCGCGGGACGAGGAGGAGGGCUCCCCGCAGACAAUGGACGAGCACCCAGGAGCCGGAGGAGGCGGUGGGAUGGCGGCCGCCCCGAGACCACAGCAGCCGCCGCCGCAGGCGGGUGGGAACAUGAACCUGCAGUCCGGUGGGGGCUGCGUGGGGGUUGGAGCCGGCGGAGGAGGAGGGCAACAGCCACAGCCCCAGGGCCCCGCGGCCCCGGCCGGUCAGGAGGCGGCGGGCCCCGCCGAGCUGUCCCGGCCCCAGCACUACACCAUCCCGGGGAUCCUGCACUACAUCCAGCACGAGUGGGCUCGCUUCGAGAUGGAAAGGGCGCACUGGGAGGUGGAGCGGGCCGAGCUCCAGGCUCGGAUAGCGUUUUUACAAGGGGAAAGAAAGGGCCAAGAAAAUUUGAAGAAAGAUUUAGUGAGAAGAAUAAAAAUGUUAGAAUAUGCAUUAAAACAAGAAAGGGCAAAAUAUCAUAAAUUAAAAUAUGGCACAGAAUUGAACCAAGGUGACUUGAAAAUGCCAACUUUUGAAUCAGAAGAUACCAAAGAUACAGAGGUUCCUGCAGUACCUCAGAAUAGCCAAUUGACUUGGAAGCAAGGCAGACAGUUACUGCGACAGUAUCUUCAGGAAGUGGGUUAUACAGAUACAAUAUUGGAUGUACGCUCCCAGCGGGUAAGAUCUUUGCUUGGGCUCUCCAAUUCAGAACCAAAUGGUUCAGUAGAGACAAAGAACUUAGAACAGAUCCUGAAUGGGGGUGAAUCUCCUUCGUCAAAACAAAAGGGACAGGAAAUCAAAAGGAAUUCUGGUGAUGUUCUUGAAACAUUCAAUUUCUUAGAAAAUGCAGAUGAUAGUGAUGAAGAAGAGGAGAAUGACAUGAUAGAAGAUAUUGCAGAAGGAAAAGAAAAGCAUCGGAUAAAUAAGAAACACAAAAUUGGUAAUGAAGGUUUAGCUGCUGACCUUACAGAUGACCCUGAUACUGAAGAAGCUUUGAAAGAAUUUGACUUUUUAGUGACAGCUGAAGAUGGUGAGGGAGCUGGAGAAGCUCGAAGUUCAGGAGAUGGAACAGAGUGGGACAAAGAUGACCUGUCCCCAACUGCUGAGGUUUGGGAUGUAGACCAGGGACUAAUAAGUAAACUGAAGGAACAGUACAAGAAGGAACGAAAGGGGAAGAAAGGGGUAAAGAGAGUCAACAGGACAAAACUUCACGACAUGAUAGCUGAUCUGGGCGAUGAUGAGAUACCCCACAUCCCUUCAGGAAUCAUUAAUCAAUCUAGGUCACCCUCUUCUAGAAUGACUGAUCAUGAAGGUGCAAGAGCAGAGGAAGCUGAGCCAAUAACGUUUCCACCUGGAGGAGGCAAGUCAUUUAUUAUGGGUUCUGAUGAUGUGUUGUUAAGUGUACUGGGCCUUGGAGACCUUGCAGACUUGACAGUAACAAAUGAUGCAGACUAUAGUUAUGAUUUGCCAGCUAAUAAAGAUGCCUUCCGAAAGACAUGGAACCCUAAGUAUACGCUACGCAGUCAUUUUGAUGGAGUGCGAGCAUUAGCUUUUCAUCCUGUAGAGCCUGUGCUGGUUACAGCCUCUGAGGACCAUACUCUAAAACUCUGGAAUUUGCAGAAAACGGUUCCUGCCAAAAAGAGUGCCUCUUUAGAUGUAGAACCCAUCUACACAUUUAGGGCCCACAUUGGACCGGUAUUGUCAUUGGCAAUUAGUUCCAAUGGAGAACAAUGUUUCAGUGGUGGUAUUGAUGCAACCAUCCAGUGGUGGAACAUGCCUAGCCCUAGUGUGGAUCCAUAUGAUACCUAUGAGCCAAACGUUCUAGCUGGCACAUUAAUUGCUCACACAGAUGCAGUUUGGGGUCUUGCCUACAGUGGUGUAAAGAAUCACUUACUCUCUUGUUCAGCAGAUGGCACUAUUAGGUUAUGGAACCCACCGGAAAAAAAUCCCUGUAUUUGCACUUACAAUGGAGAGAAAGAGCAUGGAAUACCCACAUCAGUCGACUUUAUAGGUUGUGACCCUGCUCAUAUGGUGGCAUCUUUUAACACUGGCAGCACAGUCAUCUAUGAUUUAGAAACAUCCCAGUCAGUGGUAAUGUUUUCAUCACAAGUAGAAUCUGGUGUACAAUCAAAUAAUCAUAUUAACAAGGUAGUAAGUCAUCCCACACUUCCUGUAACUAUUACAGCACAUGAAGAUAGACACAUCAAAUUUUUUGACAACAAAACGGGUAAAAUGAUCCAUUCUAUGGUUGCUCACUUGGAUGCUGUCACAAGUCUAGCUGUAGAUCCUAAUGGAAUCUAUUUAAUGUCUGGAAGCCAUGAUUGUUCCAUUAGGUUGUGGAAUUUGGACAGCAAGACAUGUGUGCAAGAAAUAACAGCUCAUAGGAAAAAGCUGGAUGAAUCAAUUUAUGAUGUAGCAUUUCAUCCAUCAAAAGCAUAUAUUGCCAGUGCAGGAGCUGAUGCCCUUGCCAAAGUCUUUGUGUGACAUAGCAGAACAAACCUGCAUCAUAACAGCAGGUCUGUUUGGACAAAAAAGAGGGAAUGCGUCACUGCCAUCAAUUAUAAGGUUACCGAUAAGACACUACAUCUGAUCUGCCUGGGUGAAGGCUCUUGUGGGGCAGGUAGAAGUUGGUGAAAAGUCACCACAUCCUGAACAAUGUCAGGCUCAUUCAUUUAACUGUAAUUACUGUAUUUGGGGGGGUGGGGACAAAUACAAAAAAAGAAAACCAGUAUUUGUAGCCUUGACUGGAUAUGAACUGAGCGUAUGUCUGUUCUUUAGGUGUCUUUAAGCAAACGUGGAGUCUGAUCUUACAAAAGACUUUUAUUUUGGACUCUGUGUGCUGCCUUAGGGUUAGGAAUGUGGUGCUCUUGUGGGGGGAAGUGAGCUCCAAGAGUAGCUUUCUUUUCAUCUCUUAGUAAUCUUCUGUUUAUCAGUUGAAUGCCACAGAUUCCCCUUUUAAACUUUUAUUUUGCUUUAAAGAAAAGGAAAUUUAACUUAAAAUAUUUUAGCAUUAGUUGCACAAAAUGUUUGGAUAAAAUUCUAGUUUUUAUAAGUCUUUUUAUAUAUUUAGCCUGUCACAACAGUGCUCAAGAUUGUAUUGAUAAUGUUUUUCUGCAUUAUAGAACCCUAAACCACAGAGAUCUCACUGACCCGCUGCCGUGUAACCACAAUCUUCCCUUCUUUUGCCUAAUACAGCUCAGCUAAGUCCUUGCUUAAGGAUGCUAAUUCAUCAUCAUCGCAUAACUGUCUUCAUAAAUAAAGGACUGUAAAAUGUGUUCAAAUGAAACACAGAGGGGUUAACACCCCUGAAUGAACUCUUAAAAAAAAUUAAUCUUGGCAUCCUAUCACUAUGUGAUAUUUUGUACAUCUUACUGUAUUUACGAGUUUAUUUAUCAAGGAUUACCCAUCUUGCUAAUGGCCUAUUGUUAUUUAUUUCACUUUUUGUUGGUCUUUAUAUCCUUUUAUGUAGUGUGUUAAAGGGCCCUGUAUAUCUGUUAUGGCACUCUUUGAGCAGUCUAAAAUAGAUGAGAAAAUGGGACAUUUGAUAAUUCUGAAGUUGCAAACCAAGCAAUUCUUUUUCCGCUGGUUAAGUACCAGGAGUGGAGUUGAUUCCAAAAAAAAAAUCUUGUUUCAGAACCUUUGGAGUGAAAAUUAUUUUUAUUUGCAUUUCAAAUAGAAUACAAAAGUAGUUAAUUCAAGAUUCAUAAAUCUGCUGUGUUUUGACUAGUUACUCCCUGCUUUUAUUUUAUUUUUCAGAUGUGCUUCAGUUUAUGGUGUAACUAAAACUUUUGUUUGUGUAAUGCAUGAUUAAUACAAAAAAGUAUUUUUUCUAGUCUUCCACAAAACUUUUCUGAUCAGUUUGCGAGUUUUGAUGAGUUUUGUAAGGUUUCUGUUUUACAAACUAUGAAUCAGCAAAUUUUUAAGAUUGUACCGCAUAGCAAAAGUACAGCUGUUGAAAAAUAAUGUAUAUAAAAUGCAUAUAAUAAAUAUUAAAUGGUGUACCUGUA